GGUGCGUAACCCCCACUUUCAAUUUGACUGCAGAUCAUCGAAACAGCGUCCACAUAUCGCUCGGUAUUAUCGAGGCAUUAUCGUUGAUAUAGACGAAGAUUUGGUCGACUCUAUGUACAAGAUACUGUACUGGGAAGAUGACCCUCAUGAUAUUGAUGCUAUGAGCUCUUCCCAGUGGCCAGCUGCUGAUGACACUUAUGACUGUACUUCCUCGUGGUUUGGCCCAUGGGAUGUCACUGCAUCAACAACACAUCUUGCGAAAUUACGCACUGUACCAGGUAAGCUUUCAGCGGAUACUGCUGGGCUUAUAAGGUAUCAUCUGUUUCAGUGGAGUACUCCUCCGAAACUAUUGCAUGCAAGCGGCGAACAAUUGAUGCCCGAUGUCGAUGUGAUAGUCCUGGAUGCGUAG